AUGUCAGGAUCUAGCAGAUGGACUCGUGUUGAGUCCCUCUGUAAUUCCAACCCUUCCAAAUCAGCGGAAGAGAAGGUCAUUGCUUUGACCACAGACCUCCCACAUUCAGACUCUGUCCCCUUCUCGCGCUCAGCGACCUCCUCCUCAAACUCAAUUCGCUCUGGUCACGAGUCCCCUAUUGGCAGCUCUCGCAGCUCCCGGCGGGGAUGCGUUCUGCAAACAGAAGCCACCCUUUCACACGUCGUCCCACCCAAGUCGGGCUGCGGGCGAGACCUUUUUUUGAGCGGUCUCUCAUCCUUCUCAGAUGAUACAAUCAAAUUAGUAGCAAAUGCUAAGCACGCUGCACGAGAAAAUAGCCGUCAAAAACUCCUGCAACUCGGUUGGGAGAUCGAAGAGGCGAAACUCAACAAGCUAGUCCUCAUAGCAUUUGAGGACGAGGAGAAGCAGCGCUUGAAAAUGGCAGACUCGGAUUAUCACCUCUUCAAGAAGCUCCUGGUGGACCAGGAUAUUCCGGCCCUAGACCAGGAUGUCGAAUGCCUUGCGGAGUCACAUGAUAGCGAACUCGAAGACUUAGCUACAGCCGACGAACAGCUGUUCCAAAUGUCGUCCAUAUCAUCGCUUGCUACCAAAUACGUCUCCCACAGGUUCCCCCAGAACAGUAGCGAUACGGAGUACGAACCUGGUGAGGAGGAACAAUAUGACAAGUAUAAUCAUAGCGACAACAGUAGCAACUCGGACAAUGACGAGGCGGAAGGUAGCCACGUCUCUACCCUAAAAUGA